UUCGGUUUCUUCGAGCGGUCGGAGAUUUGAUUCUGUGGAGCUAUUCGAGCAUCGUAUCAGAGAUCAACCUGCGGCCUUCAGUAGCUGAGUCUGUUCCAGUGGACAUUAAUAUCAAUUCAACAGAUGAAGAACUCGUACAAUUCGUGAUUGGAAGGCAAGCUGGAGAUCCCACUCCGCAAAAUGUCAUCACUGAUGUUAAUCUGUUCGAUGUUGAACCAUGGAAUAUUCCUGGUUAGCUUUGGAUUAUCCUUGAGCUGCCUGUUUUGUAUGAUUGUCAUAGUUGCUUUCGCAGUUAAGAAAACAUGUUGUUCCUGUACAAUCCAGAAGGCAGAAUAUAUCCUAAAGGAGACUGUGAUUCAAAAGCAACAAGAACUGGAUAUUGGAGGCCAACAGGUAAUUGCAGAAUACUCACGAGUGGCUUCAGUUCUGGUUGGAAAACAACAUUUGAAUAUUUUAACGGCAAAUCACCUAUUGGAGAAAGAACUGGGUGGGUGAUGCAUGAAUAUCAUGCAGAACCUAGUUCAUUGAAUGGGCAUAAUUUCUCAAAGGACUAUAGUUCUUUGUAUAGAGUAUUUCUUCAAAGUGAUAGACGUGCAAUCCACUGGGAAAAUUAUUCUGCAUAUCCAGACAGAUUAUUUGGUGAGGAUGUAGACCGCAUGUUACCAAACCUUGUAGAACAAGAAGAGAGAGAAUUGACUUCAAGGAAUUGUUCCCACAAUUCUCAGAUUGUCGCUGAGAAAGAUCAAGGGGAAUCAGCACUGUCCAGAAGCAGGCCAAAUGAACCUGUUUCUAUGAAUUUUUCUGAAAAUCGCUAUGAUAUUUGUGAUUUUUUAAAUGGAGAAUACUUGGAACUGAAUGAUCUAUAUAGUCCAGAUACACAUGCUAGUUCAGACGAUUCCAGCAUUAUGUCAAUAAAUUCUGAUGAAUUUGACCCUGCUGCAUUAUUAAUGAAUAUUGGAAAUGAUCAUAGAUUUGGAAUACAAGAAGAGCGCACAAAAUAUGACUUCAAUAUUUCUGUACCCGUCAGAUCAAAUCAGGUGCUCAUUAAGCCAUCUCCACCAGGCUCGAUCAUUACAAACAAUGGUCUUGUUAUUCAAGAGAGCCAUCCAUCCAGUUGUCUGAAUAGAACUGAACCGACUUCAAACCCACGACUACCCUUACCAAGCGACGAACAGCAACAUGUGAAGGCUUCUACAUCUAGCAAAUAUAGGGGCAGCCAUACUUCAAAAGGGGAUGGCUCGAAUUCGGUUAGGAAGAUCGCAAAGAUAGGAAAAAGAUACUGCUGCUUUGCUUCAUUCUAAUCUAACCUCUGCUCUGAUAUUAUCUACUUCAUAGGUCAAUUGAGGGAUACAGGAACAAUAAGAUUCUUGUAAGUUGUCAAAUAUAGAUGUUGCUACACCCUAUAAGUAAAUAAUGGUAGUAGUUGGGAAUGAGAGAUUGAGUCAAUUAGAAGUCCAUGCACUUGUAGAGGUUAAGUUAAUGUAUUUAGGUAUUUUGGUUUCACUUUAUGUAUUGCUAAAUACUACAGUUUGGUGAAUAUUUGUUUCACCAUAACCAUGCAUACGUAAAUUAAAAUUUCAUCAAAACUUAUUUUGGCAUUCAAUGAAAAAUCCUACUUUUAUUUA